AUGACAAAGUGGCAUGAAUGUUAUCGAUUAUCACUCACGUUUGAUCGUUAUUUAGGUAAAGUGACUGGCCAAGGAAAUGAUGACGGCGGUGAUUUUACUGUUGAUGGUACUUUUUCUUCGGAAAAUCUUCGACUAGCUCUAAAACGAAGUUAUGUAGCAGGAACAGGUGAUCUAAGAGAGAAUCUCGGUCAUACAUCGACUAUACAAUUGACUUGGAAUUCAAAUAAAAAUCAGUUCCAGGGUAAAUGGUAUUGUAAUUCAGUCAAGAUUUUAACACCGAAAUUACCAACAUGA